CGCGCCCCGUAUCGGGCUUACUUCCGCUUCCGCUCCUGUAGGAAGUCGUUGGAUUUCCGGCGUUGGUCUGCGAGUGAGUGAGCAGGAUGGGUCAGAGUCAGAGUGGUGGACAUGGUCCUGGAGGUGGCAAGAAGGAUGACAAAGACAAGAAGAAGAAAUAUGAACCCCCAGUUCCAACCCGAGUGGGGAAAAAGAAGAAGAAAACAAAGGGACCAGAUGCUGCCAGCAAACUUCCACUGGUCACUCCUCAUACUCAGUGCAGACUCAAAUUAUUGAAGCUGGAGAGAAUUAAGGAUUAUCUUCUGAUGGAGGAAGAAUUCAUUAGAAACCAGGAACAGAUGAAACCUUUGGAAGAAAAGCAAGAGGAAGAGAGGUCAAAGGUGGACGAUCUGAGAGGGACUCCAAUGUCUGUAGGAACACUGGAGGAGAUAAUUGAUGAUAAUCAUGCUAUUGUGUCCACAUCAGUGGGAUCAGAACACUAUGUCAGCAUUCUUUCUUUUGUAGACAAGGAUUUGCUAGAGCCAGGAUGUUCAGUUCUACUUAAUCAUAAGGUCCAUGCUGUGAUUGGUGUCUUGAUGGAUGACACAGAUCCUUUAGUUACAGUGAUGAAAGUGGAAAAAGCCCCACAAGAGACAUAUGCAGAUAUUGGGGGGCUUGAUAACCAAAUUCAAGAAAUCAAGGAAUCUGUGGAACUACCUUUGACUCAUCCUGAGUAUUAUGAAGAAAUGGGAAUAAAGCCACCCAAAGGCGUCAUUCUGUACGGGCCGCCUGGCACAGGUAAAACGUUAUUAGCCAAAGCAGUGGCAAAUCAGACUUCUGCCACAUUUCUGAGAGUGGUCGGUUCUGAACUUAUCCAGAAAUAUCUGGGAGAUGGUCCAAAGCUUGUUCGAGAACUAUUUCGAGUUGCUGAGGAGCAUGCCCCAUCAAUUGUCUUCAUUGAUGAAAUUGAUGCCAUAGGUACCAAAAGGUAUGAUUCCAACUCAGGGGGAGAAAGGGAAAUUCAGCGAACAAUGUUGGAGUUGCUGAACCAGUUAGAUGGGUUUGAUUCACGUGGAGAUGUAAAAGUGAUCAUGGCUACUAACAGAAUAGAAACACUGGAUCCAGCCUUAAUCAGACCAGGACGUAUUGACAGGAAGAUAGAAUUUCCUCUGCCAGAUGAAAAAACAAAGAAGCGCAUCUUUCAGAUUCAUACCAGCAGAAUGACUUUGGCAGAUGAUGUUACUCUAGAUGAGUUGAUAAUGGCUAAAGAUGAUCUGUCUGGGGCAGAUAUAAAGGCAAUUUGCACAGAAGCUGGUUUGAUGGCUCUGCGUGAACGAAGGAUGAAAGUAACAAAUGAAGAUUUCAAAAAAUCGAAAGAAAAUGUUCUUUAUAAGAAACAGGAAGGCACUCCAGAAGGCCUCUAUCUUUAACUCCCCCAUCUUUGUUUUGAUCAUAAGAUGGGGGUAAUUGCUCGAACCUUUUUUUUUCUUCAGAAUGUGGAAAACAUUAGACAGCAAGGUGUUAGUGAAUAUAAGAAGCUUUUGCUACUUAAAGCAUGAUAAUUCACUUACUGUGAAUUUCUCUGUAUUGUGUCAUACGUUCAUUGUGAAAUACUUUGUCAUUAAAAAUUGAUUUCCAAGUGAA